CUUUCCUGCUUCCCAAGAGCUCAGGCGCAGGGGCCACGAGCUGCUGCCGUUGCACCAACUGACAUCACUGUGGCAAAGCCAGCAGCCACACCAUGCUGCCGUUAUUCCUAGUCCUCGCAUACUUAGGCCAACUCAUCACCGCAGGCAAAGACAUAGAAACGCCACUUCUGCAGAUCACAGUGCCAGAGAAAAUCGAGACCAACAUCAAGGAUGGCAAGGAGACAGGAACACAAGUCACUUACGUGGUUAGAAUUGAGGGCAAAGCAUACACACUCCAACUUGAAAAACAGUCAUUUUUACAUCCACUUUUUGGGACAUAUUUGCGUAACACGUUGGGAACAUUGCAACCUUAUUUUUCUUUAGUAAAGAGUCACUGCUUUUAUCAAGGACACGCUGCCGAGAUCCCAGCAUCAACGGUGACACUCAGUACUUGCUCAGGGCUCAGGGGCUUGUUGCAGUUGGAGAACAUCACUUAUGGAAUUGAGCCCUUAGAGUCUUCAGCCACAUUUGAACACAUACUUUAUGAAAUCAAGAAUAAUGAAAUUAAUUAUUCUCCCUUAAGAGAAAACUACACAAAUCCUGAGCAAGAAAGUCAGUCCUAUCGGAUUCUUGUAAAACCAGAGAAAGGUUCGGACUCGACACUAACGAAGAGAAUUCUAAGGGUAAAGAUCAUCAUGGAUAAAGCCAUGUUUGACCAUAUGGGCUCUGAGGUGGGAGUUGCAACUGAGAAAGUUGUUCAUAUCUUUGGUCUCAUCAACACUAUGUUUUCCCAGCUAAAGAUGACUGUGAUGUUAAACUCUCUGGAGAUCUGGUCAGAACAAAAUAAGAUAGAAACAAAUGGGGAUGCUGAUGAAGUUUUGCAAAGGUUCCUGCUGUGGAAACGCAAGGAAAUAUCUCAGAAGACCAACGAUAUAACCUACUUACUCCUGUAUAAGGAUCAUCCUGACUAUGUGGGAGCGACAUAUCAUGGGAUGGCCUGCAACCAAAACUUUACAGCAGGAAUCGCUCUGCACCCAAAGACGUUAGCUGUGGAGGGCUUUGCCAUUGUUCUCUCACAGUUGCUGGGAAUUAACUUGGGGUUGGCCUACGAUGACGUCUACAAUUGUUUCUGCCCAGGAAGCACAUGCAUAAUGAAUCCUUCAGCAAUACGUUCCCAAGGCAUAAAGGUUUUUAGCAGUUGCAGUGUGGAUGAAUUCAAACAGCUGGUUUCACAACCUGAACUGGACUGCCUUCGGAAUACACCAGGGACAGAAUUUGUUGCCCAGCCCCAACAUGGACAAACUUGUGGUAACAAAAUCUUGGAGGUGCCAGAGCAAUGUGACUGUGGCACACCAGAGACCUGUACUCAUAAAAAAUGCUGUAACCCUAAUGAUUGUACACUGAUUGGUUCUGCGGAGUGUGGUACAGGGCCAUGCUGUGACAAACGAGUAUGUAAGAUAGCUGAAAGAGGACGCCUAUGCAGGAAAAGUAGAGACCAGUGUGAUUUCCCAGAGUUCUGCAAUGGAGUAAAUGAAUACUGCGUACCGGAUACAAAAGCUGCAGACCUGGAGCCUUGCAACAAUGAGACUGCCUAUUGCUUUGGUGGGAUUUGCCGGGACCCGGAUAGGCAGUGUACAAAUUUAUUUGGAAAAUAUGCUAAUGGUCCUAAUUAUGUGUGUUCACAAGAAGUGAAUCUGCAAAAUGAUAGAUUUGGAAACUGUCACGGGCGCUGUAAUUUCAGAGAUGUAGUUUGUGGAAAAAUAGUUUGCUACUGGAACUUUGCAGAACUCGUAAAAACAGAGAAAUAUGAUGUUCAGUAUACUUACAUGGGAGGCCAGGUGUGUAUUUCCGCGCAUUUAAGAGUGAAGGAGAGCAGCAGAGACGACACCUAUGUCCAUGAUGGCACUGUUUGCGGCAAUGGCCAGGUUUGUCACAAAGGGAAAUGCGUAUAUGUGCAUGUCCUAAGGGGAACCAGGGAUUGUGAGCCUGAUGACAAAUGCCAAGGACAUGGGAUUUGCAACAAUCUAGGAAGCUGUCAGUGUGAAUCUGGUUUUGCUCCUCCAGAGUGUGACAUGACACCUUCAUCUCCAGGAGGAAGUAUGGAUGAUGGGUUUUGGCUGCCCUAUGAUAAAAGCGCAUCUUUGAUUGUCAAGCGACAUAGCACUCAAUACAAAAAAGGACUUCUGAUCAGCUUCUACGUCUUCCUGCCUUUCCUCAUUGCGACAGCCUUCAUGGUUGUUAAGCGGAAUAUCCCAAAGGCAUUCAAGCACAAAGAGGGAACAUUACGCAAAAGGUCCGUGAACUCAGACGUGGUCCCCAGUGGUAGCACAGACCAGAACCUCACGAUCGUCCCAGGUAGCAUCACCAGCUCCUCACAUCAGGCUGUUCCUCACUACCCAUCAAUGCUAGAAGACAGUAACGACAGCAAGCAGUCAUAGAGUCAAAGCAGUUGUGCAACAGCGAAGCCACAACGGAAGAAGACUACCACUGAGAAGAUCACUGUUCCGUGGUCUGAUCCAAGAGCAAGAACCAGCCCAUGUCCUCCUCUGUGGCUUACUGGUUUUGGUUAUACGUACUUCCAAAUAAAUCCUAUGGCUGACAGUA